GAUGUAGAAAGGGGCCUUUUCUCCAGUUGACACUCCAAAUUAAGCGCUAACGAAUUGCCAAUUUUUUCACAUCCAGGGGUACGCAGUUUUGCAGAUUUAGCGAGUUGGCCGUCAAAGUUGGCCACGUUGCACGUUCAGUGGGGGGCAAACUCGUAGAGCUGUUACAAGGCGAAUUAAGCUGCGCGCCGAUUGCUCCACCCGGGAAUAAAAAUGCUGUCGGAGGGGAGGCAGGAAAAAGGAGCCACCAUAAGAAAAGCGAAUAGGAGCGAGUAGAAGCGAGUAGAAGCGAUUGGAAGCGAAUAAAAUCGAAGCAGAGCAAGUGGCGCUCUUCGCACAGUGUGCCACGUAGUAGAGUGUGCCGCGUAGUAGAGUGUACCACGCAGGGGUGACCCACCAACUUCUACACACACACACCCCAAGGUAGAAAGGCAAAAGGAGCAUGAUGAAGCCAAAGCGGUUGCUGCUCGUCGCCCACUUGGCUACACUCCUCGUCGAAGGGAUGGUGAAAUACGAGGGGGCCAACACCCCGUUUAGCAAAGCGCACAUCCAGAGGUGCUGCUCAGGAGGGCCACUCUUCAUCAGCAACCCACAUAUAACCAAACAGAUGAAACAGGUAAAACAGAUGAGAAGAAGGAAAAAAAAAAUACAAGUCCAAACGGAAGCGGCUGGCCUAGAAAUCGCAAACAAAGCGGACAAAAGUAGGCUAAGCAAAAAGGACAAAAUAUCAUUCACAAAAACCAAACAAAUAGCUACGAUCGGACCCGCAACGGAAAAUUUUGAGGAGCUGGAAAAGCUCUACCUCAGCGGAAUUGACGUCUUCAGGUUAAAUUUCUCCCAUGGAUUGAAAAGCAUUAAAAAGUACAUCAUAAAUUCCCUACGAAUUAUAGAAAAAAAAUACGAUACUUCUAUUGGCAUUUUAGGAGAUAUCCAAGGGCCAAAAAUACGAAUAGGGGAAUUUGAAAAAAGUGAAAAAAAUGAAAUGGAAAAAAAUACCUUCGUCGAAUUGAAAGAGGGAGAUUUAUUUUCCUUCGAUUUGGUAGACAAGCCUGGGAAUGAAAAGAGGGUGCAACUGAACUACCCGGAGUUGUUAAAAAAUGCCAAGUGCGGACAGAUGAUACUACUAGAUGAUGGAAACCUAAAAAUGAAGGUCAUAGAAAAUCAGUUCAACGAAUCAGCAAUGCAGAGUAGCUCCCUAAAGGUAGAGGUAAUUACGGGGGGGAAACUGUACAGCAAAAAGGGCUUCUGCAUCCCUAAUAUGAUCAUGCCUAUUGAAGUGCUAAACGAAAAGGAUAUUAAGGACAUCCUGUUUUGUAUCAACGAGGGGGUGGACUUUCUAGGGUACUCCUUCGUGCAAACCAAGUAUGAUUUAAUUUUUUUAAAAAGCAUAAUCAAGGACUACUACGAUAGCGACUUCUUUCGAAACAAGGUGAAAAAGGAUAGACUUAUUUACGACGAGAAGAUGCUCCAAAUGAAGGAGUACGAUGAUGCCAACGAUUUUUACAUAAAAGAGGUCGAUGACUACUACCAGCAUUAUUACCUGAAGAACUGUCAGAAGUAUAAGCGGAUUUACGAUGUGUACAAAAAUCAGGACCUGCAGGUGGAUGCAGGCAAAGCGGAAGAGCAGCUCGGAGAUUCUGCCGCUUUUCAAAAUAGUGGCUACGAUGGGGAAAAGGAGAUCUCUCAGAUUAGCACUCAGAUUAACCCUCACAUUAACACGCACAUCACGGCUGACACCGCCCAUUCCACGCCGAGUGACCAGGCGAACGGCAUAUUCAUCGUGUCCAAAAUCGAAAAACCCUCCGCUGUGAAAAACAUAGAAAGCAUCAUAAACCUCUCCGACGCCAUCAUGAUUGCCAGAGGAGACCUCGGAAUUGAAACCAACUUGUCCAAUUUACCAAUUUUACAAAAAAAAAUGAUCAACCUGUGUAGAAUAAAAUAUAACAAACCCGUCAUCGUCGCAACGCAGAUGAUGGAGAGUAUGAGAUUUUUGCCCUCCCCCACCAGAGCAGAAGUGGCUGACGUUGCAACGGCGCUAUACGAUGGUUCCGACUGCGUUAUGCUCUCAGCGGAAACAGCCACCGGCCAAUACCCCAUCCUUACAGCCUCCACACAAAACAGUAUAAUAAAAGACGUAGAAAAUGAUUAUUACUAUUACGACUACACGCAAAGGAAAAAUAGUAAUCCAGUCAAGUGUGCACAUGGGUUGAGUCCCACCCCCCCCACUGGAAAUUCCCAUUUUGAAAAACUUAUUUUCAGCAUAAGGGACCUAAGCAACAACAUCAAUUUGAAGUCGAUUAUUUUAUUUUCGAAUGAAUUUCAGAAAAUCCAAAAGCUCAGCAAUUUGCGAACGAAGGCUCCCAUCCUUGUCAUCACAGAGAGUGUUGCCCUAGCUCGAAAGCUGCAACUCACUUGGGGGGUCUACCCCUACCUCUCCAAAUUAACCGACGCUCACAAUAGGGACCUGUUAACCCUCAUUAAUUAUGGGUGUAAAGUUUCCAAGGAGGAGGGGUUCGUCACCGCGCCAGAGGAGUACUCCCUCGUCACCUUUACAAAAAAUAUUAACAAUUCGUCCAAUUUGCUUUACCUCUGCCAACCCUGCUUGGCUUCAUAA